UUGAAUAGCAACAAUAAUUGUCACGAAGAUAUCAUUUCAAUAACUUUCAAAGCAAUGAAAGAGAAAGGAGUUAAUCAGAAUAUCCUUAAUGAUCUCAAACAAGACUAUGGGUUUAUCAGGUUUUGAACAGAGUGGAUAGCUCAGCUGCUAGAAAUACCCAAACCUAAUACAAAAAGAACAUCUCUGAACAAUAUUGCAUCCUUAAAAGAUAGGAUUAAAUCUCUUAACACAAAACCUACAAAAGAGCUGAAAUCUAAAGAACUAAAAAUAGAAUCAAAAUGUAAAAGCUUGAAUCUAUGUCUCUUAUACCAAAAAGAAUCUUUAAUUUAUAAGAGCUCUCCUCCUUAUCUUAGCUUUAAAGAAGAUUUAGUUCUAGAUCUGAAAACACCCGAUAACAUUUUAUUCUGUAAGACUAUUAGAGAACAUAAUAAUUUUCCAGAAGCAUACUCUGUAGAGAUUGAGUGUAACAGAAGGUCAAUAAUUAUGAACAAAUUUCUGAAGACCUCGUUUCCUGUUCAGGCUAGAGAACUGUUAUUUCGCAAUAGCGAUAUUAACUUAGCUGAAGCAAGAAAAAUGAGUAUAAAUAAAUAUUUCAGACAAUUCAGCCAAAUUCUGCACAAAGUAACAACAUUAGUCUAUUUGUCUUACUUUGAUAUCUCUAUGAAGAAGCUGAGGAAAAUAUUUUCAUGCUGCAGAGAUAAACUUAGACUGGAGUUCAGUGCCUGUAAACUUCAUGUUGAGACUGCUCCUGAUCUAUGUAGACCUCUUUCACAAUGAACAAUACAAAUGCUAAGUUUCUACAACUGAGGUGGUCCUCAAUGUAGUGAUUGGGCUCAAAAUCCGGAAGAAUUAGACAAUCUGAUCCUUGGAAUUUCAAAAUCUGAAAGCCUUUUUAAGUCUCUCAAAGACUUAAUCUUAAUAGAUUCUAAUAUCCCAGGUACAGAAUUGGGAGAAAUAUUUCAGAAGCAUGGAAUCAGCAUGAACAUAGUUCGCCUUUUUAAAGAACAAGUCUAGUUCAAGAUUUUCAAUA